AUGAAGAAGGCCUAUACAGAGAUAUCCAUAGCUAAAAUGGGCAUCAGAUGUGUGGCAGUCAUUAGCACCCUCCUGUGCUCAGUUUGGUCAUCAACCAUUAAAGCUAAAGAUGAACACCGCACUGCUUUCUUUGGAGAGGACGUUCAUAUUCCAGUGCCGGCUUUAGACACAACAGAGGUGUUGUUCAAGCCGAGGGUGGAUCCGGUGUUAGAGCGGAUUCUCCUGCGAGACGGGAAAAUUCUGGACUCAAGAGCCAAACUGAACGUUCACAUCAGCCAUUUGAUCCUGGAGGAUGUGGGCGAGGAGGAUGAGGGCACAUACGUGGUGAAGAAUUCUGCAGCCCCGGCUGAUGUCAGACGAAUCAUUCUUAUUGUUAGAGACUGUGCUCUAGAGACUGUGGUGAAAUAUGGAGACACAUAUCAUAUCCCGAUCAACCCUUCGAUUGGUCCAUACACCCUUGAGUUCAGGCCUGGAGCUCAUACUCCAGUUAACCAGACCACAGAGGAACCGCCUGUGCUGCUUCUCAACCAGACCGGCAUCCCCACACAAGAGUACGAGCACCGCCUCACCGUGGGCGAGAAGAGGGUCAACCUCCAUUUGGUUACAGGAGCCGAUGAGGGCAGUUACACUGUCAUGGACAGUGAUGAAAAAGUCCGAUUGAGAGCAUGCCUCAAUGUGAAAGACCACCAGAUCUUUGAGCACUUGAAUUAUGGUGAAACCUUGAAGAUCAAGCUUCAUGUGGACCAUACCAAAGUCAAAAUGGUCUACAUCCCAGACACUGACCACAAGGAACGACUCAUCAUGGACCAGGGGGAGAUGACGUUACCUGUCGACUCUGCUCUUGAGGGUCGAGCAUCUGUGGAAGGAUCCAUGUUCUACCUGAAGAAGGUCAAAGUCCGUGACAUGGGUGUCUUUCGAGUGAUGGACUUUUCUGGCUUCCGCAUAGCUGACGUCUACCUUCACGUGGAGCCCUAUAAGCUGCCACAGCUGUAUGUGGCGAUCAUCUCCUUGCUGUCCUUGCUGGCGUUCCUGCUGUUGGUGUGUCUGCUGUCCUGUCUGAUCAAGGUUCACCGUCGGGCGGAUAAAGCACGAAAGAUCGCCCUAAUCGCUCAACAGGCUGGCAAGGGCGACGGAGAGGCGUUCAGACAGGUGGUUCAUGAAGCUUAUACUAGAUUCUCAGAGGAGCCCACUGUACAGUCCACAUGGGAGAACAACACCGAGAGCACAGAUGUUGAGAUCAAAGGUCUUGAGGUAUCAAAACCAGGUCAGUACCAGGCCCUCCAAUCUGAGAAGAACUUCUUGGAGAUGAACGACUCAGGCGUGGAGUUCAACUCGUCUGCGCUCCCUCUUGACAGUGACACAGACGUACCCGACAAUCUCACCUCUCAGAAGCUCCUGCUCGAGUCCGACACUCUCGCUGGUGUCCCGCCGGCCAUUUCUGAGGGCGACCACAGUGCCACUCGCACCCCUGAUUCCAUUCUGAGCACCAGCCCCGUCGUCCAGCCCAAAUCUGAGGCUCAGAUAGAUGGCGACUUAAUCGGCGCGACCACGCCUGAGGAAACGACCAAAGCGAAUGAUUUAGAUGCGAAGACGAGCAAAGAUGCUUCACCGCAUUCUGAGAAAGCUCUGGAUCCAAGUAAUGGAACCACAACCUGAGCACUUUAAAGCUAAUUGAGUCACACUAACCAGUGUGGCCACUUUUCGUUCACUACAUCUCACCGUUUGACGUCUAAAAUGACACUUCAUCUUGCUUGGAUUGAUCUGUUGCAUAACAAAUGGUUUGCCGAUCAAGCAAAAAUCCUGAUCCGAGAAGAAAAAAAAGAACAAAUCCAAGAGAAGACAACAAUUCUCUAAAAAAAAAAAAUUUUGAAGAACCGAAUCAGUCCUGCACUAUGCAUGCCUUUGAAUUACUGAGGACUGGUUUAAAGCCAAGUGCUAGAUUAGAGUGACCAUGUAGUGCAUGUGAAAACGAAAACACGCGUGUAAGACUUAAUACUUUUUAAAUUUUACUAAGCAAUGCAACUAUAACUAGAACUUUCACGAGAGAGUCAAACUGCCUGAAACUCCAAGGAAGCUUCAAGCAACACCUGAAGCAGAUUGCAUUGGAUCUUACAUCUACAAAAUGCCAAAUUUUGAGAAUUUCUUCAUUUGUCGAAUCAAAGUUGGAUUCAUUCCAAGAUCAAACAUGCUUUCCCAGCGCUUCACCUGGUGUGAAUGCUUCCUUUUGACCGUCUGCAGUCACCACUGGCUUUGAAGUGCUUUACUGAGAAUCCUUGCCAAUGGUAAACUAAACACCUUGAUGAAUCAGGUCCGCAUGGAUGACAGGUAUCCGACACGGUGGCUUACCACUGUAAAUAGGAUCAGCUGUGGUGGAGGGUUUUGGCCCUGGUUCAGAGGAACUCCUCUGCUGGGGUGUCUCCACAACUUGGGCCUUUCCGAUGAUCUCUUUUCUAGCUUUGAAUAUAUUUUAUAGCAGGUUUUAGCUUGCAGAAAUGCACUCAUUGCGAAUAUCAUUGACAUUUAUUCAUGAGGAAUGAUUAGCAACUAAGCGGGGUCUAGGGGGUGCUGAGUUCAGGGAAAUUCCAUAUCCAUGUCCAUAAUAUCUAAUAUGGUUUCAUUAUGUAGAUUUGAAUCAUUUGUGUUUGACUCACUUCUGCCAGCACAGUUGAGUUGGCAUAAAACAUCCAUAUUUCCAGCUGUAACAUGGCUAUUGUGCUUCUGCAAUUUUACUAAAAGCAUUGCGAAUUUUUUAAGAUUUAAUAAUUCCAAAUAUCUUUUUCAUACCAUACACUCUUAAAAAUAAAGUUUUUUUUGCUAGCAUUGAUGUUCCAUGAGGAAUCCUUAAAGGAGUCCUAUUAUGCUCUUUUACAAAGUCUUG